UUGGCGUAGAGUAGAGUACUAACUUUUCCAAAAGAAAAAAAAGACUUGGAUAUUUGGAUUUCUCAUUCUUCCCAUCGCAUCCAUAUUCGAAUUUGAGAUAAUUUGAUUUCGUCAAUUCGCGCCCAAUCGGAGAUUUCCAUAUGCUUUGAGAAGAAAUUCUUUUUAAAGUGAAGCUAUUCUGAGCUGAUGCCGGAAUUCGGAAGUUAUGCCGGCAACCGUACUCACAUGCCGGACGGUGAAGUUUCGUCGGAGAAAGUCCUGUUCGGUAAGUACGAGCUCGGGAAGCUUCUCGGCGUCGGAGCCUUCGCAAAGGUUUACCACGCCAGGAAUAUCCGUACUGGUCAGAGUGUGGCGAUCAAGGCUGUGAGCAAGUCGAAGGUGGAGAAGGGCGGUUGCACAGCGCACGUUAAGAGAGAAAUUACAAUCAUGCGCCAGCUGCACCACCCUAACAUCGUGAAGCUUCUCGAGGUCAUGGCGUCGAAGACGAAGAUCUACUUCGUGAUGGAGUUCGCCAAGGGAGGAGAGCUUUUCACUAAGGUAGCGAAAGGACGAUUCAGCGAGGAUCUGAGCCGUCGGUACUUCCAGCAGUUGAUCUCCGCCGUCGGUUACUGUCACUCCCGCGGCGUCUUCCACCGCGAUCUGAAACCGGAGAACCUCCUCCUCGACGAGAAUUGGGAACUCAAAGUGUCUGAUUUCGGGCUCAGCGCCGUAUCGGAUUCGACCCAACCCGACGGAUUGCUCCACACUCUUUGCGGUACACCUGCUUACGUGGCACCGGAGAUUCUCUCAAAGAAAGGCUACGACGGCGCCAAGGUGGACGUCUGGACAUGUGGCGUAAUCUUAUUCGUCCUGACCUCCGGUUACUUACCGUUCAACGAUGCUAACCUCAUGGUGAUGUACCGGAAAAUUUACAAAGGAGAGUUCCGGUACCCGAAAUGGACCUCGCCGGAGCUAAAACGGUUCAUUUCUCGGCUACUCGAUAUAAACCCCAAGACGAGGAUCACCGUCGAUGAAAUCGUGAAGGACCCGUGGUUCAAAAAGGGUUACAGAGAGAGAAAAUUUCACAUGGAAGACUUGGCAGCAAAAGAUUACUUCAUGGGAACCGGAGAGAAUUACAACAAUAUUAAGAGCUUUAAUGCGUUCGAUAUAAUCUCAAUCUCGUCCGGUUUCAAUCUCUCCGGUUUGUUCAAUGAGUCCGAUGUUUCGGAAAGCGAGGAGCGGUUCGUAUCGGCGGAGACUCCCCGGAGAGUGGUGGAGAGAGUGGAAGAGGUGGCCAAGGAGGCAAACUUGAGUGUGAAGAGGAAUAGCGCUGAUGAUUGGUGGGCCAAACUGGAGGGGUAUAAUGGUAAUUUCGUAGCUAGGUUGGAGGUUCACCGGUUAACGGAGGAACUCGUUUUGGUCGAGUUCAAGUUAAGAGAGAGAGAGGUUGGAGUAGGCUUACAAAUUUGGAAAGAUAAGCUGAGACCCAAACUCGAAGGUUUGGUAAGUCAACCGGAACCGUCAGUCUCCGGUCACUAAGCUAUAUAUUAAGCUUAAAACUCAGCCACUGUUUAUAUUAUUUUUAUUUUCUGCUCUUGUAAAUAAUAUAUAUUAAUAAUCCGGGUUUACUUACUUUUAUUAGUUUUUUCCCGGAACUAAUAUUACUAAAAAAAAUUUCCAAGAAAGUUGGGAAUUUGUAAAACAAUAUAAUUCUUGAAGUUUAGAAGUAAAUUUCGUAAUUUUUCAA